AUGGCGACCACAACCAACAAGCAAAUCAUAUUCCCAGAAUAUGUGAGUGGAUUUCCGAAAGAAUCCGAUCUAAACAUCACCACAACCACCAUCGACCUAAAGCUUCCGGAAGGAUCAACAUCAGUGCUGGUGAAGAAUCUUUACUUGUCUUGCGAUCCUUACAUGCGCAUUUGCAUGGGAAAGCCCGAUCCCUUGGCUAAUUCGCUCGUUCCACCUUACAUUACCGGCGAGCCAAUCGUUGGGCUUGGAGUGUCUAAGGUGAUAGAUUCAGGGCAUCCAGAUUACAAAAAGGGAGACUUACUUUGGGGGCUAGUUGGAUGGGAGGAGUACACUGUUAUUACUCUAACUCCUUACUCACACUUCAAGAUCAACCACACCGAUGUUCCAUUAUCUUACUACACUGGACUUCUUGGUAUGCCUGGCAUGACUGCCUAUGCUGGAUUUUACGAAGUUUGUUCACCUAAAAAAGGAGAGACUGUCUUCGUCUCAGCUGCAUCAGGUGCAGUUGGUCAGCUUGUGGGACAAUUUGCAAAGAUGAUGGGUUGUUAUGUCGUUGGAAGCGCCGGUAGUAAAGAAAAGGUUGAUCUUCUCAAGGAAAAGUUUGGUUUUGAUGAAGCCUUCAACUACAAGGAAGAGCAGGACCUUAGUUCUUCCCUAAAGAGAUGUUUUCCGGAAGGGAUCGACAUAUAUUUUGAGAAUGUGGGAGGCAAAAUGUUGGAUGCAGUUCUAGUAAACAUGAAGUCGCAAGGUCGUAUCGCAGUAUGUGGAAUGAUCUCACAGUAUAACUUAGUGGAUACAGAAGGCGUACACAACCUACCAACCAUUCUUUACAAGAGGAUAAAGAUUCAAGGGUUUAGGGUCUUUGAUUUCUACGAUAAAUACUCAAAGUUUUUGGAUUUUGUGCUUCCACACAUAAGGGAAGGGAAUAUAACGUACAUUGAGGACAUAACCGAGGGACUUGAGAGCGGGCCUUCUGCUUUGUUAGGACUCUUCCACGGUAAGAACGUUGGUAAACAACUCUUUGUGGUUGCUCGUGAGUGA